AUGUCAGAAGAGAACCCAUAUACGACAGCAGUAUCUGUCACAAAUCCGACAAAAACUCGCGUAAAAGAUCCGAGAAAGGUGGAGUCGGGGCGUAGGCUUGCUAAAAUCAGUAAGGAAGCAAAAGCAAGAAAGAAGGCACAACUCGAAGCUAUCAAGGAAGAGGAGCAGAGCAUUACGGACACGGAGGACAAAGGUGAUGGGAGAAGGACGAGAAACCCGAGGAAGAUAAGAUUGUAGAGGAGGCGAAACCUGUUGUUAUCACACCAAAGGUCCUGACUUGUUUGACUGAGUAUAAUAAAACAAUGUCACAACUAUUCCUGGACAUACUAACCUUCUCUGUAGCAGCUGGAGCUGCACUGGUUUACAUCCACACGGUAGGGGCUGUAGAGGCCAGGCACAAGGCGACGGAAACCGAACGCAAGGAAAGUGAAGACAGGAUGCUCAAUACCCUGGAAAGAAGAUUCUCUCUAAUCUUGGAAGAGAAGCAAAUGGAGAAAUAG